AUGACUCAAGGAAUCUGCGAAAUCCUUUGGCUACGAAAACUUCUUUUGGGACUUGGGUUUAAACCAAAGGAUACCAUGAAGUUGUUUUGUGAUAACAAGUUAGCAAGGGACAUAGCUGAUAACCCAGUACAGCAUGAUAGAACAAAGCAUGUAGAGGUUGAUCGUCAUUUUAUCAAAGAGAAGCUUGAGAAGAAGAUUGUAUCAAUACCAUUUGUGGAGUCAGAGGGACAACUUGCAGAUGUUCUUACUCAUGCAGUAUGUAGCCGAAAGUUUGGUAACUCACUUGACAAGUUGGGCAUGUGUGAUAUAUAUGCACCAACUUGA